CUACAUAUGCUAGAAAAUGACCGCUUAGAUAUAUUGGGAACUCAGCCUAGUCUUUACAAGUUAUACACACAAAUCUGUUCUAUUUUUCCGCUUACUGAAUCAUCCUCCCAUGACAUUAUUAUUGACAACCUGAGGAAUGGAUUGAAUAGAUUGGUAGAGAGCUUCCCAUGGCUCGCUGGAAUUGUCAUCAACGAGGAAGCAAGUGAGGGCGUCACUGGUACAUUCCGGAUCUCCCCAACAGCUGAGAUCCCACUUGUCGUCAAAGAUCUUCGAACCGAUCACUCGGUAUUGACAAUGGACUCCCUGCGCAAAGCCAAAUUUCCUUUUACCAUGUUGGACGAGCGCGUCAUUGCACCUUGCAUGACACUCAAUCCGUCAGGCAGCUCAGCUGGCCUGGUGAGCGAUACUGGGCCAGUUUUUGCCAUUCAAGUGAAUUUUAUAUCUGGUGGCCUUAUCCUCACCUUUGUUGGGCAGCACAAUGUAAUGGAUAUGACUGGCCAGGCAAAUAUUAUCAAUUGGUUAUCCAAAGCUUGCUACAACCUCCCCUUCUCUGAUGAAGAGCUUUCAAUUGGGAACAUUGACAAAAGCAAAUCUAUUCCUUUGCUACAUGACUCGUGGGAACCUGGUCCAGAGCUGGAUAUUCAAAUGGCGAAAUCUUUUAACAAACCUAUCAUGAAUGACGGCACCCCCACGGGUGCCUCAUCAAUUUCCUCCUGGCGUUAUGUGGAAUUUUCUGCUGCCUCGUUACAAACCUUAAAGGAUCUAGCAGGUGAAACCAAAGAUCCGCAUUGUGGCUUCAUCUCGACCGACGAUGUCCUCUGCGCUUUUAUCUGGAAAUGCACAUGCCGGGCGCGAGAACCUCGACUUGAGCCUGGGAAGCUGUCGACAUUUGCACGCGCAGUUGAUGGACGUCACUGUUUGGGAGUACCCAGCAUGUAUCCGGGAGCAUUAUCGAACAUGACAUAUAACAAAUCCUCAUUGCAAGAACUGAAUCAUGAACAUCUGGGAAUUAUUGCGUCACAAUUACGCAGAGAGUUAGAUCCCAAAGUUCGAGACAUGGCCUAUGACACCCGUGCCCUCGCGACGUUUCUGAAUCGUUGUGUCGAUAAAAGCAAAAUCAGUAUCACAGCCGCGGUAGACAUCUCAUCCGGCAUGUGUCUCAGUUCAUGGGCCAAAGUUAACUUGUAUGAUCUAGACUUCAACCUUGGACUUGGAAAGCCAGAGGUUGUGCGCCGACCUCGAUUUUCUCCAGUUGAGAGCCUGAUGUAUAUAAUGCCUAGGUCAUUGAAUGGUGAUCUGGCAGUUGCACUUUGCCUAAAAGAUGAAGACUGGGAACGUUUAAAUACUGAUGAAGAUUGGAAAAAAUAUGCGGUGUACAUUGGAUGAUGAGCUAGAGCAGCGCAAAGCUUUGAAGUAUGUGCAAACGCGAUGAAUUUUUGUACAAGCCAGUAUUUAUAUCCUAGAAAAAUGAAACCUUAAUACCUAGUUACAUAUCGAAAGGUAAAGCUUAGAAAAUGAACAUAUGAGACCUUAUUUUUUUGUUUCUCGAAUGUGAUUUCUACUAUUCUUACUAUCCAUUCUAAUACUCUGUCUGCAGUCGCAGCACUUAAAGUGUUCUGAUUCAACUCAUAUCUAAUCAUUUUUAUCUCUUUAGAGCCAAGUGAUACUGUCAGUAACCUAACAAACCUCUUACAAUUAUUUUUAGCCUAACCUCUUCCCAGAGGUAGCCAUAUUUAGGCGGAAAGUAGUCUCAGAAAGUAAUUACAGGCACAACUGCCGGAGCUAGUCCGCGGACGGUCUGCCUAUUAUGAUAGGGAAAAGGUGUUUAUAGCGUCCUGAUUUACA